GCACCUCUCACCUGCGUCAUUCUUUGCCUGGGACAACGAAGAUAGGCGACUGGAACUUGGUAUUUAGGACGGACUCGGCCUCGGUUUCUGUCCACGCGCCAACAUAGAGUGUUCGCUCGACUCACUUUGCUUUACUAGAUCCCAUCCCGCCACUCGGGAGGACAUAACCUACCACGCCCAAGAUGGCUUCGUCGGCGGGCCCGACCACCGUGGGACAGAGACCGCACUCGCCGCCCGCCGCGAAGGAGGACGGACCUCGGCCUAAUACCGUCGAAGCUAAAUACGAGUCGAAGGGGACGCAACCGACGAAGGCCAUUCCUCGGAAGGCGUUGCAUACGGAAGCCAGGCGAUCCCGCGAUCUCCCGCAUGCCACCGUCACAGACACCGUCACACAAACUGCCGAGGGCGUCCAUUUAGCGGUACAACGACCAACGACGGCACCGACGGGUGCCCAAGCUCAUGACGACUCGGUGAACCCGCAGGACUUCCAGGGGGAGGUACAAACCACCAACGACUUGCCCACAGCGGAAACACUUCGUAAAAUAGAGACCUACACUGUUCUCGAUUGCGACGGCAAGUCGCGCACUUUCAAGAGCCUGUAUGCCGGCCACAAUUCCGCCCGUAGGGUGCUCAUCGUCUUCAUUCGACACUUUUUCUGCGGUAAUUGCCAAGAAUAUCUGCGCACCCUCUCAGCUUCCAUCACGCCCGACGCGCUCCUGCAAUUGCCAAUCAGCACGUUUAUCGCAGUUGUCGGAUGCGGCGCGCCAGAGCUGAUCAACUCGUACAUUCAAGAGACCGGUUGCCCCUUUCCGGUUUAUGCUGACCCGACUUGCCGCUUGUACGCGGAGCUGGGAAUGGUGCGCACCCUGGCGCUGGGUUCGCGGCCGGCCUAUAUGCAGGGCAAGUCGAUAGCGCACACCGUUGUCUCCGGCGUAGUCCAGGGACUUAAGCAGGUGAAAUCGGGCUUGGUGAUGAAGAUGGGUGAUCAACGCCAAGUAGGCGGCGAGUUUUUGUUUGAGCCUGCGGCGUUGACUUUGGAUACCCCCAUCUCCACUCCGCGAAGCGAGGAGGAAAAGAAGCUAGAGCUUUUCUACGACGACGGCAACCGAGACAACGACCACGAGAGCCAGAAUAUCGAAGAGAAGCGGGUUACCUGGUGUCAUCGCAUGAAAACCACACGGGAUCAUGCCGAGAUCCCCGAGCUCAUGGAGGUGCUCGGGUUAAACGGCACUGGCGCCCCCAUCAAGGAUAAGAAGAGAUGGGAGAGGGCAUUGAGGACAAGAAAGGGCACCGGCGUAAGCAUGGCAAGCCAGAUGACUCGAAUGAGCCUUGAUAUCGGAGAAAACGGUGUUACGAGGGCAUAGGAAUGCCUCUUCUGGCUCGGGACUAUGCUGAAUCGCCAAAGGAGCAGCCGAGUGCCCAGAAAGCGACGAAACAAUU